GCCACCGUACUUCCACUUUAUCCACAUUCUCCCCUAACCUUCCAUCCCAUUUAUUAUCUUAUUCUUCAUCCUCAUUUAUUCCAGAAAAAUUCUCAUCAUCCCCACGAAAAACAUACUAGUAGACAGAACAGGAACAAUGCCAGUCCGCGGCCCCGUCCCCGUCAACCUGGCCACCAGACAGGCCGCCGAGGUGCUCAAGGUCGGGCCCAUGACCAUCCGCGUCUACGAAGACGGAUCCCGCACCGGCGACCGCAUCAGCGCCAUCCUGUUGGAGCUCCCAGCGGGGGUUUCCGGGCCGCCCAUGCAUUGGCAUCGGUUUCAUGACGAGUUGUUUUUUGUCGUCAAGGGGACAUGUCGCUUCGUAACACCCGACGCCGAAGUGGACGCCACGGCCGGAGACCUCAUGACAGUCCCGCCGGGAGCCAUCCACACGUUCAAAAAUGCGUCGGAGACGGAAGCCUGCGAGGUGUAUAUGACUGCCACGCCGGGCCAUUACGUCGAUUACUUUCGAAUGCUCUCCAAGGCUGGUACGGAGGGGAAAAUGCUUAGCAAGGAGGAGAUAGAGCAUCUCAUGGCGCUGUUUGGGACAUUUCCGCCGGAUAUCGAGUCAGAGGCUUAGAAGGGGAAAAAAGAAAAAGAAAAAAGAAAAGAAAGGGUUUUUUUGUUUUCUGUUCCAGUCUCCAGAAGUCGAAUCCAUAAGGGAAAACGGGUGC